AUGGCGGCGCCUCAGCAGCUCGAGCGCACAGAUGUGCAGAGGUUCUAUGAGAUGCUGGUGGGCAAGUGUGGCCUACACUUAACUCAGGAGAUGGCAGAGAUGUCCUUCGAGCUUGUGAGAGAGCAACUCUUGGAGAUUCAGACCAAUGCCUUGUACUGUGACUUGGAGGAUGAUGUGGCCCAGAUCCGUGCCGGCAUCCAGCUCUUCACCAUUGUGCGAAACCUUUCCAGGAUGGAGGUCGCUGAUAUUGCCCAUGCUUGGGUUGGUGUAGAUGCUGGUUCAGGUCGAAUACCUCGACCAGAAAAGUACUUCUUUGACCGGUUGCGUUCUGUGGUUGCUUCUGAGGGCACCGCCAGAAGAUGGAAAUGUCAAAUCAGGCUGUCCAUUCAAACAUUGAACGGCAUCCUGCAGAUUUGUAGCCAUGAUUUAGAUUCCAGCAGCGUGAAGGAGGUCUUAGACUAUUUGAGAGAACUCUUAGCAGACCUGUACUCGCGACCGUCCUUGGACUUCAAGGAGCUCUCAAAUGAGGAGCAAGUGGCUGAUGAUGCUGAUGAUGAUGAUGGGGAGAGCCCUAAGGCGGAGUUCACCAGCGUGAGUCUCUUAAAGGCAGCCCAGCUCCAGUGGGCUUGCGCGCAUUUGGUUCCCAUUGUAGGUCUCUUGAUCUCGGCCUCUCUUGAAGUUGAGAGUGGUGUGGCGAGGGCGUUAGUUGACUUCAUUUGCGAGGCGCAGGACGCCGAGCCGAACGGCCUUCCACAGCGGGACGGGAGGUUGGACCUCCUUCGCUUUGCAGCCUCGGGGAGGCAGACCCCUGAAACUGCCCCACUCCAAUUGAUUGGUGCCCAUGGCUUCACGGAGAUCGCUGCAGCUUCGGUCCGCUUGAUGGCAUAUGGUGAGGACUGUUUGGUCCAGUCCGGUGGGGAGUCGUCUUUGAACCGGCAGGUCUUCUUCGGUGGGUCUGUGCCGCACAUCGCGCGGCUGCGCUCCAGAGGCUUCCAAGAAUUCGUGAGCAUCACAGGCGUCGGCGUGGCAGCCUCCACGGUGAAUUUGUUGGACGUGCUGUGGAUGUUACCCUUCUUGGUGGGAGCUGCAGGACUGUGCAACGGUGCAUUCUUUGUGAUUGUCUCGCAACUGUGGGCGACGCUGGUCAUUGUGGUGGAUGUGAUUGGUGGAGUCUCAGUGGAGAAACCGGAGAUUUGGGUCGACUUUAUCGUAGGAGUCAUUGCGAUCACCUUUGCCUUGCAUCAGCUCAUUGAGGAGAGAUGGAAGGGCGAGGACGAGAAGUCGGAGCCAGAGGACUUGUCCCGACGCUUCGGAUCAGGCACCUUCGCGUUGCUCACCGUGAUCGGCACUUUCGACCAGAUUCUCAUUUACGCUCCUUUGCUGACCUCGCACGCCGUGACGGCUUCCGAACUGGAGGUGGGAAUCUUUGCAGCGUCCAUCGUCACUCUGUGCGUUUGCUUUUUGGCGAGCCGGAUUCACUUCGUGUGGAAAGCUCUCCAGGUGAUUCCCAUUUGGUUUCCAGCUUUCAUCGUGGGUCUCAUGGCCAUCAUCGAAGCCUGCUAUGAGACCUAUGAGGACCUCACGCCUUCAUCUGCACGAACGAAGAUGUGA